CGACGAAUACUUCUUCUAGUAAAUAACCCGAACCAGAAGCUAGAACUAAGAGAUGAUGAAACAAGUCUACUGGUUCGUUUAUACCGAAGAAUGAUGAAUGUUGUGAAUAGAAAGUAAGUGACUUCUUCAUCUCAGGAGAUUAUCAUCAUGACGGGCCCGAGUGGUCACUACGAUAUUGAUUAAAAAGCUUGUACUUGUAUGAUGUGAAAGAAUAGAAAGUAAAAAGAGACCACUUCUAAGAACAUGUUUCGCUGUAAGCACAAGAAGAAAGAUGGCCGCGUGUCUUUUCUCCCUGGACGGCGUAUCCAAUUCGCGGAAGGAGAUGGGUCUGCGAAUAAAGCAUCAUACGAAUACGAGCUCUCUGGACAACAGCUGCAAAAAAGUGUCAAAAACUUAGCUGCAAUCCUUGGUUAAGACUUGAGAUCUAGAUCAGCGUUAUACGGAGAGUUACAGGAUGUAGUUCGUUGAAUGUUUCUACUACUCGUUGCACCAAAAGAGUUCAGCUGCAUAAAGAUAUUGCGCUGCUGCUGGUCGUGGAGGGUAAUCUAAGAUCACACCCAUUUGCUUCUAAUACGAUAAAUUAGGUCCUCUCACCCCAACAUGCAAUAAGGACAGGAGCUGGAGAUCCAUCAUGACCUCAACUCUACAGAAAUGACAGACCUAUCAACUACCCGCAACCUCUAAUGUAUCGAAAACGACAAGCGGCGAAUCUUCCAGUUCUCGUCUCUUGCGGACUUGGAGGCCUUCCUGCAGGCUUGUAACAAGGCCCUCUCUGAACCUGAAGCAAAGCCCGUGGCGGGAACGUCGCAAGAGCAAGUUGUAUCUUCAGACAAGGUCCUCGAUGGAAGGAAUACUGCUAGUACCUUGCUACAACAAAAAGAACAACCAAUACCGAGACCAGCAAGAACAGAAGGUCUUGUAGGCAGAGAAAGCGAGGAGCAGCCCACCCAGUCCGACAAACCUCAAGUCGAAGUUGAGCGACAAGAACAAGAGGAUACCUCCAAGGCUUCAUCGAAGAGUGAUCGAGCCAUUGAAGCCUUUCUGGCUGGGGAAGAGGACAAUUUACUAUUACAUCGCUUAUUGGAUGCCCAUGCGACCCUGUUUGAGGAGUUAGUGAUCGAGGCUAAGAGCCACACGCCGUUCCAGUUUUUGAAGCAUGUUCUGGAUCUUGCACGCCGGUCAGAACAAGAGCUCGGAGUGCCUCGUGCUGCAAGUUAAGAGAGAAGGCUUUGGUGGAAAAAUACCAACUUAGAAGUAUUUCUUUCUUGUUUAGUAGACAUUGGUUCCCAUUCAUUCGCUAUAAUAUACAGAUACAUAUACCAAGAGUACUAGAUGUAGAAGUACGAUUUAAGGUUGAGCUAUUUGUUGUAGCUAGGUACUGGACGAGGUGGCUUUAUUCUUAUUGGGAAAAUUUUUGUUUUCCACCUGUCGCGAACAUGCAUUUCCUUAAUAUGGUAGCCAAUAAUGAAAUCAGAGCACCUCCUUGUCAACAUAGCCUCUAAACAAAGCACCAGGACCUCGUCCACGGGCAGCCCUCCAAAGGUAUUGCGACGACGACUACCGUUACACGGUCACUAGGACUCGGCGGCCAUGAAGGAGCUAGUGACGAUAUUGGGCUUGGGGUUUCAGGUCGUAGUCGUAGUACUACCACCUCCAAGGUCGUUUCAACAGACAUGACGGAGGCGGUAGCGAAAUAUCUUGGAGCCUUUGCGGUUUCCUCCUCUUCUAGUUCGUCUUCUGCUGGUGCCGCAGACGCGAUGGAGUUUGAACUCGAUGCGGAAACUUGCGCUUGUAUAUUACUUAAGGUUAGUUUAUCACUAUCCCAUGUGGAGGAAUACCCUGACUGGAGUUCCCCUUGUAUCCUGAAUGGAGGGAUAGGGGAGCCUUAGUCUAAGGGGACACAGGACAGGGCAAGAACUCACUCAACCAGGGAUAGUGACAAACUACCUCUAAAUUAGGAGAGAACCCCAACUUGUCGAAGAUCUAUACGAAAGACGUGCUUCGUGAGCCGCGACGAUUCACGCACGCCCAAUUUUGGCAAGAGUUCGUACUGAAAAGCAAUUACUUCCUAGCUCUCCAAGCAAAGCCUUUGACCCGCAAGCAGCAUCCGGCGUUUGACCCGUUCAUUCCACGUGAAUUGCUCUUAGUUAUGGACUCAAUCAUGUAGAUACGUACUCGUCCUACUCAACUUACCUUUGAAAAUGGCCACAGAAGUAUUUUUGAUAAGUGCGUACUCAACAGUCGUUCUACACUGACUUUGAGGGAUGUUCUUUCCGAAACUUCCUACAGUAGGGUAGAUUCGCGUCAUCAUUAUCUUGAUCUUCGACUAGAAGGAUCCCGAACAACCUGGUAACGAAACCCUUCUAGUUCUAAGCGCGACAAAGAAACCAAGAGUAGCGGUUCCGGUUUGGGAAAAGUAGACAGCCUACUGGCCCAACUCGACGAUCCGAAUGAUCCCAGGGUGGUCCAAAAUCUCGCUGCGCCGUCGCACCUCUCAUCCGAGAAAAACAGCUCUACUACAGCAGGAAAGUUGGGAAAUUCGUGGAAGCUUACGUUAAGGCUUGGGAGUUGACAUCUCUAUGCGCGUCUCUAUGUCUUCUUCAAGUAGGAAAGCCACAGAUAUGCGAGCUAGAGAUGCCAACUUUCAACCCCUAAUUACGCAGUGGAACAAUGAAGACGGGAAGAUGCUCGGGGGAGCAGAGCAGGGGCUUGCCCACAGUGCAAAGACCAGGAUUUUAAAUCGUGUGAACCAACUUUCGGCAGGACUGAUAACUGGAGGAUCUGCAGCAGGUCAAGCUGAAGAAGCACGACGAAGCAUCAUGAUCGCAGGAGAAGAUAUUAUGGUUUCACAAAUAGAUUAAGAUUUCAAUGUUCGUGGUCAAGAGCAAUGGGGAGUUGUAGUAAUUCAUCCUCCAAUUUUUAUUUUCGUGGUGUAGUCCCACUCGUUCUUCAGUUUUGUCAGUCGCAGUGAAUAUGGGACCACUAUUUGGCACUAUAAAUCUAUGGGGGGACCGUAUGAAAGAAAAAAGUGCACUCACACUCAGAAAAAGUGGCUAUUUUCCUACUUAAAUCCUAGCCAAUUUCUUGAGUGUGAGUGCGCUUUUAUUUCGUUUCAUAGGACGAUCGUUGUCCUGACAAGUUCAGUUGGUUGCUUGUCGUGUCUAAGAAUCGCGACGAUAACGAGAUGGCUGGCAUCGGAGAAUUCGUGCAGAAAUAUGGACGAGGAAGAGAACAACUUCGACUAGCGCAAGAACACGUCGAUGAAGAGGAAGAGGAAGGCAUAGGCAACGAGGAUGAACCACCACGAAAACGACAACGAGUCGAGAACAUCGAUCAUCUUACUUCGGGAGGAGCUACAACUAAAGGAGGGGAAGAUACAACUACAACGAAAGCGAAUAUGACUACUUUUGCAGCAAGAAGUACAACAAUCCGGAGACCACUGAACGAUGUUGAAAGAGAUGUCUUGAUGACUUUGUCCAGCAGGCAACUUGUCAUCCCGCCAAACCUCUUUGGCAAGAUAGCCAGACACCCACGUCGUGCCUACUUCAGCGAGCAUCCAAAGGUCCUUGCGGCACGUGACAAGUUCUUGCGGGAGGAGAAAGAAGGAAAAAAGUACAAGACGUCUCUUCAGCAUCCUACAACAAGUACUUCUACUCCUCCUGCUAACUGGACAUCCUAUGAGAGGAACGCUCACCGUCAAUUACAGCUCUUUUACUCAGCCGGAGCCACUUUGAAACAGAGACUAAAGAUUCUAGAGAGAAUGGAAUUGCAACUCUUAGAGGUGACAAAAAAGACAGAAGACCAAACAGAUUCUUCUCUGAUCGACAAUCUAGAAAAACGAGUAAAGCGAGCACGGGGUUGGUUAGAAACUGGCACUUGAAUCCUUUUUUGAGUUUGAACAAUAGAGUUAGCAGUUGUUCUGCAGUAUAUUUGGGUUCUCACAACAAGUACUCGAGCUCGACAAGCAUCAUCGUCAAUGUUCCGAUGAGAUGUAUCCCAUCUCUUGCCCCGUUGUUGAUAUGGUUCAUUCCUCCUCUCUCAUUUUUCAAAAAUCGACUUUAUACUCUUCUGCGUUGAUUACAACUGUCCACCUUGAACAAGGUGGCUCGUUUCUAUUUGGUGUCCGACAAGGGCUGG